AUGUCGUUCAAGUUUCCUUCGAUAUAUGAUUUUCCUCCAUUUUUUACUAAGCAGGUACAUAGUCAAACGUUGGAAACACAGAAGUCCCACUGGAUUCAACUGAUAUUAGAUUACUGCAGAUUCAACAAGAUCUGGAUAUUAUCAUUGAACGGGGAGUCAGGAGACUCAACGCUGGACCACGUAGAUCCUGAGGACGAAGAUGAUGAUGACGACUACGCAGAAGUGACCAAGCAGUCUCUUUUUACGAAUAAUAAGAUUGACAGAAGCCUAAAAAGUGACUUCAUUAUGGAAAUUUAUAACGAAAUGAUCUCCAAAGAGAAAGCCGAAUGGGUGAAUCCCAAAAAUCACAAGCACGGAAUCAUCGUCUAUUGGCAUACAUUAGAGGAGUGGGCAAACAUAAUUUUUGAAUGGAUUGACAUUACAGGGCAGAGCAACACCGUGCUGACAUUGUACGAAUUACGCAAGGGUGACCUGGCAAAAACCCAGGAAUUUUAUGGAAUGAACCCAACGGUCCUAAUAAAGGUUUUGAACGUAUUAGUGAAGACAGAUAGAGCGCAAAUCAUGAAAGACGAUAACGGUAAAAUAGCUGGGGUCAAAUUUAGUGAUAAGUAA